UCAGGUGUGCGUGACUGGAAAACGGAGGGAGAUCGGAGGCUGCACAGCAUACAGCGGCAGCUCCGGUGUGUGUUUGACAUUGGACUACACAUGGUAGUAACUUGCAACCUAUUAUCAAGCGGGACCGUGCCGGGGACGCCAGAGAGACAUAUAUAUUCCUAUGAGGUUGCACUGCUGCACCUGCCUCAGCUGUUGCAGUGAUGGUCCAACCGUGAAAGCCGAAGGAAAAAAAGACAAGGUGGAAGAAAGGAAUAUACUGAAAUCAUCCAUUCUGUAAAAGUCCUCGGUGCCACAAGCUCAUGCCAUGGCCAGGAAAAGUGUUUCUUGGACAAGUAGUUUCCUGUAAAGGCUCUAUACAACACAUUUAAGAUCUGCUACUCCUUUGUUACCUCAACGGACCAAGAUGAUGCUUUGGCUGCUGCUAGUUUUCUCCAUUUUGGUGGGAUCUGAUCAAGCUGACUCUGCCCAGUCUGAACGACGAGUUGUAGCACACAUGUCUGGUGACAUUAUCAUUGGAGCAUUGUUCUCCGUCCAUCACCAGCCUCCUGCGGACAAGGUACAUGAGCGCAAGUGUGGCGCAGUGCGAGAGCAGUAUGGCAUCCAGAGGGUGGAGGCCAUGAUGUACACACUGGACCGCAUCAACAGCGACCCGCACAUCCUCCCCAACAUCUCCUUGGGCUGCGAGAUCCGGGACUCCUGUUGGCACUCAGCUGUGGCUUUGGAGCAGAGCAUCGAGUUCAUACGGGAUUCGCUGGUCUCCUCUGAUGAGGCUGAGGAGUGGGGUGGAGGACUUGCCUGGGGAGGCGGAGGAGGUGGAGGAUCAACGAUGAAGUGUGCAGACCCUUCUGCCACUCCAAUGCGGGGGAAGAAACCCAUUGUGGGUUUAAUUGGACCCGGGUCAAGCUCAGUGGCCAUUCAGGUCCAGAACCUCCUACAGCUGUUCAACAUACCACAGAUUGCCUACUCUGCCACCAGUAUGGACCUCAGCGAUAAGAGUCUUUAUAAGUACUUUAUGCGGGUGGUGCCUUCAGAUGCCCAGCAGGCAAGAGCUAUGGUGGACAUUGUGAAGAGAUACAACUGGAGCUACGUGUCCGCUAUACACACUGAAGGCAACUAUGGUGAAAGUGGGAUGGAAGCGUUCAAAGACAUGGCAGCCAAGGAGGGCAUCUGCAUCGCCCACUCUGGCAAAAUCUGGAGCAAUGCUGGAGAGCAGAGCUUUGAUCGAUUGCUGGAAAGACUGAGGGGCCACCUGCCCAAGGCCAGGGUGGUGGCAUGUUUCUGUGAAGGCAUGACCGUCCGCAACAUCCUCAUGGCCAUGAGACGCCAGGGCCUGGUGGGGGAGUUCCUGCUCAUCGGCAGUGAUGGAUGGGCGGACCGGUAUGAUGUAACAGAUGGCUUCGUUAGGGAAGCAGCAGGUGGAAUUACCAUCAAGCUCCAGUCGGCUGAUGUGAAGUGGUUUGAUGAGUACUACCUUAAACUUCGUCCCGAAAACAACCUGAGGAACCCCUGGUUUCCAGAAUUCUGGCAGCAUCGUUUCCACUGUCGACUUAAAGGUCACCCACAGGAGAGCAGCAAAUACAACCGCACCUGUAGCAAGCGGGAGUCGCUUCGGCAGCAGUAUGCGCAGGACACUAAGAUGGGCUUUGUCAUUAAUGCCAUCUACUCAAUGGCAUAUGGCCUGCAUAACAUGCAACGGGCACUCUGCCCAGGCUAUCAGGGCCUGUGUGAUGCCAUGAGACCUAUAGAUGGUGCUACACUGCUGGACUUUUUGAUGAAAACCAACUUCACAGGUGUGUCAGGGGAGGGAAUCUUAUUUGACGAGAACGGAGACUCACCUGGCAGGUAUGAAAUUAUGAACUUCAAAAAGAUGGGGAAGGACUACUACGACUACAUUAACGUUGGCAGUUGGGACAACAGAGGCUUGAAGAUAGAUGACGAUGAAAUCUGGCCUAACAGAGACGGCGUCAUUAAGUCGGUCUGCAGUGAACCCUGUGACAAAGGACAGAUUAAGGUGAUCCGUAAAGGUGAAGUGAGCUGCUGCUGGACGUGCACUCCCUGCAAAGAAAAUGAGAUUGUGUACGAUGAGUACACCUGCCGAGCCUGUGAACUGGGCUCCUGGCCUACUGAUGACCUCACAGGCUGUGACCCGAUCCCAGUGGAGUACCUGCGCUGGGGAGACCCUGAACCCAUCGCUGCUGUGGUGUUUGCCUGUCUCGGUCUAAUGUUCACCUUCUUUGUCACUGCAGUCUUCAUCAGGUUCCGGGACACCCCUGUAGUGAAAUCUUCCAGUAGGGAGCUGUGCUACAUAAUACUGGCAGGGAUCUGCCUGGGGUACCUGUGUACCUUCAGCCUCAUAACCAAACCCCAUGUCAUCCACUGCUACCUCCAGCGACUGGGAAUAGGCUUGUCACCUGCCAUGAGCUACUCCGCGCUUGUCACCAAGACAAACCGCAUCGCUCGGAUCCUGGCAGGCAGCAAGAAGAAGAUCUGUACAAAGAAACCUCGCUUCAUGUCUGCCUGUGCUCAGCUCAUCAUUGCCUUCCUCCUCAUACUGCUGCAGCUGGGCAUCAUCGUAGCUCUCUUCCUCAUGGAGCCACCUGCGGUGAUCCAUGACUACCCCAGCAUCCGCCAGGUCAACCUCAUUUGUAACACCACUAACUUGGGCGUGGUCGCCCCGCUGGGGUACAAUGGCCUGCUCAUCCUCAGCUGCACCUUCUAUGCCUUCAAGACCCGCAACGUCCCGGCUAAUUUCAAUGAGGCUAAGUACAUUGCCUUUACCAUGUACACCACCUGUAUUAUCUGGCUGGCCUUUGUACCCAUCUACUUCGGCUCCAACUACAAAAUUAUCACCAUGUGCUUCAGCGUCAGCCUCAGUGCCACUGUGGCGCUGUGCUGCAUGUUCGUACCCAAGGUGUACAUCAUUCUCGCCAAACCAGAGCGUAACGUGCGCAGUGCCUUUACCACUAGCACAGUGGUGCGCAUGCACGUAGGAGACGGCAAAUCAUCGUCAGCCGCCAGCCGUUCUUCUAGUCUGGUUAAUCUGUGGAAACGCAGAGGCUCUACUGGAGAGACACUCAGCUCCAACGGUAAAUCUGUGUCCUGGGCGCAGACAGAGCGCAGCGGCUCACGUGGCAACCACCUGUGGCAACGGCUGUCCUUCCACAUCAAGAAGAAGGAGAACAACCAGACCGCCGUCAUCAAGCCCUUCUCCAAGACUUCGGAGGAGCGUUACUGUGGGGGCGGGGACCUGCCCCCUCAUGUCCCUCUGCCCUCUCUGCCCUCCAUGUCCUCCCUGUCCAUCCAUCCUGACUCUGGCACAGACAAGACGCUGUACGAGCUCUCUGAAGCCGAGGAGCGAUACUCCAUCACAUAUCAGCCGCAGACGCCCUCGCCGAUCAGCACGGUCAGCCAGAGGCUCGGGGCGAGUGUCGGGGAGGAGCCACCGAUGACCGGUAUUCCAAACUACCCGAGCAGCAUAUGCAGCGGCGGCAGCGGCGUCAGUGGUUGCAGCGGCGGCGGCGGCAGCAGCAGUUGCGGGCCCGCCAGCAGCGGCUCGCUGGUCAUGGCGAGCGAUGGCCGUUUGAUCAUUGUGGACGAUCACCCGGGACAGGGCCAGAGCUCACUGAUGGAUCAGAUUAGCUGCGUGGUAAACCGAUUCACUGCCAACAUCAGCGAGCUCAACAACAUGAUGCUGUCGACCUCUCCGACACACUCACACACGCACAAACACACACCUCCUUCUCCUCACCCCGCUGACCCGUACCUGUUGCCUCGUGAGAUCCCGAUGCCCCCGACCCUCACCACUUACGCUGACGUCCAGCCCCUCCCGCCUGUUGAGUCCGGCUUAGGGGGCCGGGGUGGCUGUCUGGUUCACCCUAUGCCUCAUUCACCUUACCCCCUGCCACCUCCUCAUGCCCAGACCUCCCCCUCCGUCUCCCCCAUGCGAGGAGGCCUCAUCACCUGCCUCACCAACUCCCCUCUGAGGAGGGGCGAGUUGGAAGAGGAGCUUAUUGCUUUGACUCCGCCAUCGCCAUUCCGGGAUUCCCUGGCAUCUAGCAGUGGCUCACCGGUCUCAGAGACAGGUCUGUGUCUGCCCCCGGUCCCGUCCCAUCCUCCCCCCUCUCCCCCCUCGCCCCGCUACAGCAGACUGACACUCAGAAACUACAGCCAGAGUUCAUCCUCACUGUGAGGCAGAGAUGACAAGUGAAGAAAAGUGAAGAGUGAGGAGCGCUCAAAAACAACACAGUCAUUAAGAGUGAGGUUAUUGGAGGAUGGAAUGACUGAAAUCCAUUCAUCCCUACGUAGGAAACCUGAAGUAAAGGAGUCCUGAAGAGCUGGUUGGUGAAGACACCGAGCUGCGACAGUCUGCUGUGUUUAUGUUUACGUGUUUGCAGUGAGAUGCAAGUAUAAGAAGCUUGCCCACGUUGUAUUUUCCUAGUGCAGUUUCUCACAAGUGGGGCGUGAAGAACUGCGAAAAGGGCCACUAUGACUUUGCAGUUUUCUGACGUCUGUAAAGUCAGAAAUCAUUCUCGAAGGUCUAGAGCUGCGUAUCAUGUUGGUUUGGGUAGUGGCCUUAAGGUAACAUGGCUAUCAACUAAUUAGAGAUUGUGAGUGUGUUUGCGUGUGUGUGUGUGUGUGUGUGUGUGAGAGAGAGAGAGAGAGUAUGUUUUUGCUGUAUCUUAGUUAAUGAGACGUAAUGGAGAGAUGAUAGCGAAGAGUAUUGAUGAGGUAAGACUCCUAAAGCCUAUAUGGACUAAACAGAGGCUAUUAAGGGCACAUAUAUAUAUUUACAGAUGUACACACAUUUACAAACACACAAACAUAGGUGUGAGCACACA